GAGCAUAUUGGAUUCAAUUAAAAUCAUAUUGUUAUUAGUGUGUGAGGUGCUGAUAUGGAGAGUGAAAGCAAACAAGUUAAGCAGCAUGAGAUGGAGGUCUUGGAUAUCCUCAAGGAAGCUGUAAAAGUCUAUGUCAAAAACAUCAACUUCAUCACCUUCACAAUUGUCACUUCUCUUCCUUUCUUUUGUGUUAUGAUUUACUUUGAAUUGUUGUUCCAGAAAACUGUGGUUGAGGCCUCAGAAUUUCUCUCACAGAAAACUGCGGAUGAGACCGUAGAAGUUAUCUCACUUCUACUGUCUGAGGAUAAAGCUGAUUUUAAUUAUGUGCAUGAACUUGGAUCUUUCAUAGAUAAAAUUUUCAGUAAGGAUUAUCUGCCUGUUCUGAUUCAACUUGGAUUCAUUUACCUUGUCCCUCUUCAAGUUCUAGAACUAUGUUCUGCAAUUUUAACUAUGGAUUUAGCCUCAAAGCUGCGCUCAGGAGACAAUAACCUGAGUCUCACUCUCAAGCAGAUGUUUCAAAACUCCAUUAUUGAUAUAUCAAUCAUGAAAGGAACAUUUAUCACUUCUUUGUACAUGCUCUUUUUGUCGGCGUGUCUCUUGAUUGCAUUUCCAUGGACAUUGAAUAACUUUUAUUGUUUGUCUGAGGCUUUUGGGGACUACAUAUUUUCUGCCAUAAUUUCAUUAGUUUGCUGUCUAGUUCUUGCAAAGUUGUUGAUGGUGUAUUUGGAAUGGAGUUCUAUUUUGAAUAUGAGUAUUGUAAUAUCAGUCCUGGAUGGUAUAUAUGGUUUUGGGGCAUUAAGAGUUUCAUAUGCCUUCAGCAGAGGUAAUCAGAAGAGAGGACUCUUUUUGAUGCUUGUUUUCUUUGUUUUGGGACUUUGUUUAAGGUUAUCAUGUCUAUCCCUUGAAAGCUAUGAAAGAGGGAUUGGAAUUUUUGUGCAAAUUGGGGUCCUCACUGUGGUAAAUACACUAAAAUGGGUGUCAUGCAUGAUUUACUUCUAUGAUUGCAAGAAGAGGACAAUGGAGAAGAAAGUUGAUGAGGAAUUGGGUAAAGCUAUUGAAGAAUGGAUCUUACAGGUUGGCUCUGAAGUAGUGAUGUUUUGAUGUAAGAGUUAGUGAUGAGAGUUGGAAAUCUUCAUUUCCAUGAGCCAGAAUAAUUAAUAGGGAGACUGUUUAUCUGAAGCUUAAACCAGGAUUAGAUUAUAAUAAUAAUACAUGGGGGUAAGUUGAUCACCUCCCAUAUUCAAUUGUAUUUGUCUUCUAACUAAUUUAUCCUUUCAACCCUCUUAUCAAUGGUUUAAA